AUGUCUAUCUAUACUGAAACACUGUACAAAAACAGCACGACCAAUAUUCCUGAAUUUGUCCUUGAAGGAUUCACAGGAAUUCCUGCUAAAUAUUAUGGAUUGGUAGGAACCUUUUUCUUCUUCAUUUAUCUGAUGCUGGCAUCUGGGAACGUUUUCAUCCUUGUAUUUGUGGCAUGUGAAAAAAGUCUUCAGAAGCCAACGUAUAUCAUCUUCUGUAAUCUUGCAAUAUCAGAUCUUGGAUUUGGAACUACAACUCUGCCCAGAAUCAUUGCUAAGUAUUGGAUGUCAGAGAUCAUUUCAUUCAAUGGUUGUUUUACACAAAUGUAUUUUGUCCAUUAUUUUGGGACUUGCACCUCAUUUCUUAUGGCAUUAAUGGCCUACGAUCGAUUUGUUGCCAUAUGUAACCCAUUGAGAUAUCCAGUUCUGAUCACACACACCACUAUUGUGAUUCUUUGUUCAGUGCUUUGGAUAGAACCCCUCCUCCAGCUUGGUGUCGUUACUGCACAUAUCCUUAGUGUGCCUUAUUGUGGCCCAAAUAUUAUACGUCACUGCUACUGUGACCAUAUUUCAAUAAGAAAUCUUGCAUGUGCAGACAUAACAGCCAUAAAUGUCACUAGUACUGCCCUUGCUAUGACUGUACUGUGGGGUCCUUUAUUUUAUAUCAUAUUUUCUUACGUGGCCAUCAUUAUUUCAGUCAUGAAAAUCUCAAAUAAAGAUGGACGCUAUAAAGCCUUUUUAACAUGUACUCCACAGCUAUUUAUCAUCUGCCUGUACUAUCUCCCCAGAAGUUUUGUGUAUAUUGCACUUAAUGUUGGAUUUCGUUUUGAAACAAACCUCUAUAUUGCAGUGGUAAUGACGUACAGUCUUUUCCCUGCCCUCAUUAAUCCACUCAUCUACUGCUUUAGGACCAAAGAAAUUAAGGACAUGUUAAUGAAAAAAUUAAAGCAAAGACAGGUGAGGGUAAAUAGAAAAAAUGUGGACCAGGAAGACGACGACGUAGAAGUCAGCGCUCCCCAGCCUCCCCGCGCUUUUCGCUGGUGCUGA